AAGAGUACAAUGCAUGCAAAGUGUACUUUGAGAGAAUUGCACUCAGAGACGUUUUGUCAGCUCAGUCAUACUCCACAGGUACUGAAGAUGAAGCACAGAUAGAAAGAUGGAAACAGAACACAGAGGUUGUGGAGUCAGAGAAAGCGAAAAUUAGUUCACCCAUUCUUGAAAUAUCCACCACUGGUCAUGAUAAAGAAGGAAAAGAACUGCAAGAAGCUCUGAAAGGUGCUUUAUCCUCUGAAUUCCACAGCAUAAGUUCAACCGGUGAAAGUUUACAGAAACAAGAAGAGCUGAAAAAAUGGAAACAGAAGACAAAGGUUGUUGAGACAGAGAAAAUGAAAGGUACUUCACUCUCCACCAAACUGUCCAUUGCUGGUUAUGGAAAAGAACUGGAAGGAAAACUGAAAACUCUGAAACUUCAGGAAGAGAAAAGCACCUGGCCUGUCCCUGAAUUUUCUGCCUCUGAUCCUGAGGAAGAAUUAGCAGAGCUACAUUUGAAACUUCAUGGAAUGGAAGUUACUUCACCCUCAGCUAUAUAUUUCACUACUGGUCAUGAAAAAGAAAAAGUAUUGAGACACGAAACUAUGAAACUUCAGGAAAAGAAAGGUACUUCACUCUUCACCAAACUGUCCUCUGUUGGUCAUGAUGGAAAAGAACUGGAGGGAAAACUGAAAACUAUGAAACUUCAGGAAGAGAAAAGCAUCUUGCCUCUCUCUGAAGAAGAACUAGAAGGGCUACUUAUGAAACUUCAAAGAAUGAAAGCCUUAGGUAGUUCACCCUCUGUUGUGUUGCCCCCUGCUGGUCAGAAAAAAGAACUGGAAGGAAGACAGAAAACUAUAAAAUUUCAGGGAGAGAAAGGUUCUCUACCUUCCUCUCCUCUCUCCACCACUGAUCUUGAAGAAAAGCUGGAAGAAGUAUGUGUGAAACUUGUGGGGCUAAGAAAGGAAGGUAGUUUAGCUGUUCCUGAACCUUCAACCAGUCAUCUUGUGAAAAAAUUAGCAGAACUGUGCAUGGAACUUACAAGGCUCAGAAUGGAAGGUACUCCGCCUCCCCCUGAACUCUUCACUGCUAAUCUUGAAGAAGAACUAAAUGAACUACUAGGCAAACUAUACAGACAAAGAUACCAAGAUCGUCAUCUAAUCUGGACCUUUUACAGAGACGUAGGUGAACUACUCAGGCAACUGCAGGAAAAGAGGACGGAAGGUGAUUAGAUGAUGCACAUUUAGAGAGAAAAUUAGUUUUUAAAAUAACUGUAGAAAUUCUCGCGCGCUCAUUGGACAGGAACUAUUGUCAGAAGGGAGUUUUACCACAAUCAGCAGUAAUGUUGCAUUCUGAUUGGCUAACUUGCCAUCAUCAAUGAGAGUACAGACUAUGCUGCUGACGUCAUUGUGGCACGCAACGUGUCAUGCACUGAAGGAAUCGUCUUAUUUGACUUUGAUAUUGUGGUAAACAACAAAUCGAUCGA